AAUAAAUACGAUUGAUGAUGAUGAUAAUGAUCCCCCAUGGGCACCUGUGUGGGAGUUAGAGAAAGAAGUAUUUACUAAGUGCUUGUGAAAGCACAAUAGCAUUGGUAGAUAUGAUCCCUGCCUUCAGAGAGCUUAGAAGCUAGCAGGAAAGAGAAAUACUUUAGAUUAAAUUACUGGUAGAGGAAUUGCUUCAAGUUUACCAAUGUGGACGUUACUGCUGUGGUAAAGGUGGAGAAGAGAGUAAGGUUUUAGGAUUAUGGAUUUAACUGCAGAGGUGACACAGAAGCGAGUUGAGGGUGGCAAGAUGAACGAUUAGUCAGGGCAGGGUUCCUGGAGGAGAUGUAGACUGUAAACUCGUUGUGGCCAGGAAAAGUGUUUCUCAUAUUGUUGGGUUGUAUUCUCCCAAUCGCUUAGUACAGUGCUCCAUGAACUUGACCCGCCUGGCCGACUGGUAUGUCCAGAGAGCUGCAGAAUUCAUCCGCUGGGCAAGGGAGCGAGGUGCCCCAUUCCUGCUCUAUCUGGCCCCGGCUGCCAGGCACAUCCCGCUGCCCACAGCCCCGGGGGGGUGGCUGGGCUGGAUCCCUACCGUGCCAGACUGCGGGCGCUGGACAGGAUGCUCGGCCACAUCAAGGACCAUGUGGAUGCGGCAGGGCGAGGGACCACCUUGCUCUGGUUCUCAGGGGACAGUGGCCCUUGGGCUCGGAAGUGCCAGCUGUCUGGGAGUGUGGGACCGUUCCUGGGAGCCUGGAAAACACAUCAAGAUGGCUGCCGCAUCGAUCCUGGUGCUCACCCCAUCCUGCCUCGGCUACCACGUCGGCUCCCUCGCUGACCUUCCUGCCAUCUGUCUCUCCCGACUAGGGUCCACACCUCACUCUGCUGCUGGGGUCAUUUUUGUACAAAACUGUUGGGUCCACAUUUCCCCCACUCGUUAAGAACCUUCAGUGGUUACCGUUCCACUCUGCUUGAAACCAAACUCCUUCUCCCUGGAUUUAAGGCAUUCUGUCGGCUCAUCCCCUUGUUUCCUCCUACGACCCACCACGCUCACUUUGCUCCUCUAAUGCCAACCUAUUCUCCGUAUCUCCAGCUCGUCUAGCUCCCGUCCGACCCCUCAAGUCCAUCCUUCUCCUGGCGUGGAACCCACUCCCCCUUCAUCGCUGACGCAUGAUUCCUCUCCCCAUUUUUUAACCAUUAGAAUUCCAUCUCCUCCAAGAGGUCUUCCCCUAUCGAGCCCUCCCUUCUGCUUGCUGCCCCUUCUCGCUUUUGAGUUGUCUUCCCCCUUGGAUCUGUACCCUUGAUUCACCAAACUCUCAGCCUCAAAGCACUUAGUUAUGUAACUGUAAUUUAUUUUAAUUCCUGUGUCCCCAUCUAGCUGCUCAAGUCAUGGGUAGGGAACGGGUCUACCCACUCUCCCAAGCACUUAAUGUGUUUUUAUUGCACACAGUGAGCACUCAAAUGCGAUUGAUUAUAUGGCCCGGUAAAUUUACACUAGGGCUCGAUACAAAGUAAGUGGUUAAAGAUUAAUAUGUCACCUUGCUUAAUGAUAUUAUUCAUCCUCCCUGGGCUUCAGUGAGAUUGAAUGGGCAAUAUUUCAGAUCACGUGGGUUGGUGUUCUUGAAGAAGCUCGUGCUGUGAAGGUGUUGUUAGUCAGCGAUUGAAUUAGUGGGUCAGUGGGUGGGUGGUUCAGAGAUGCCUCCCUAUCGACCUCCUUGAAAAACAGGUUUGUUACAGUCCCUCACUUACGGUCACUGCUUAGUCCAGUGCUUUGCACACAGUUGGUGCUCAAUAAAUUAAAUGGAUGCAUUGUGUCA